UUUGUUUUGUGGUAUUCGUUAGUUUAGUUGUUCUUCGCAACGAACGGUUGUCGUCGAGCUCUGAGUGGUCGCAUUUUGUGUAAUUAUUCGGGUUCGUUCGUCGUAGGGAAAGUUGUCUGUUUUUAUUGUUGCCUGCAUUGUGUACCGGAUUCGGGUUGUGCCGGGUGUUUGGUGACUUCCGGUUCCGUUUGACGGUGGAGAACGAAAUCACUUGAAGGAAGUACCGUUCUGGAAGUGGGCCAGUCCCAGUGCGAGAAGAGCAGUUUUAAAAGGGGCGAAAAGUGUGAGACCUCUGCGGCUGAAAGAAGCAGAAGGAACGAACGAUCGUGUGUCGUGGUGAAAGACACGUUGAUGAUACUCGUUUUGCGUAGGUACGAAUGAGACGGAAGAUACCCCGGCCGAAGGUGUGAGUAAGACAGGGCUGUCCCCGUUUAGCAGAAGCAGCAGCAGCAGAGUGACAAACGAAACGAAACCCCGAGGAGGAAGUGUGCCGAGAGUUUAGAAAUUCCGUUGUCCAUGUCCGCGAUCUUUUCCUUUAAAGCAGAACCUCUUCGGUUGACCGCUGUCUUUUGGGUUUUGAUUUUUAGUGUCGGUUGCACAAGUGAAUAUUUUGAUUUGUAGAAAGGUGAUUUAACUUCAAGAAUCACGAUCAAGUUGUUUCGAGCGAGUGUUCUGGGGGAAGAUUGAAAGCAGAAGUGUAACACCUAAAAGUUUCCGUUCCGUGUGUAUGAAAAAUUGGAGUUCAGUUGCGUAGGAAGUGUUCGGUUGUAAUCCAGUUGGGAAGUUACGGAUCUUAUCUAUCAGUAAUUUAAGUUGCGAUCUGAGUGGCCUCUCGGGAAGGGAAAUCGUUUAGUAGAAGAAAAACACGGGUCAAUCGCUGAAGCAUCAACUGCAGCAGAAAUUGUGCGAUCCAAGAGUAAUAACACAAAAAAAAGUGACGACGAUCAGAGUGAGAAAGCGAAGGAAUUUCUGCUAGCUAGCUAGCGGACAACAAGCAGGAACCGAGGGAAGAAACAAGUAAAAAAAAACAACAACCCAACCUAGCAAGUGCUGCUGCAGACUUAGAUUGGAAUUGGCCGACUACGAGAGAACAGAGCGGAACUACCAACUCAAAAUGGCGGACUCGUAUUAUCAGGGUGACUACAUCAAGCAUCCUGUGCUGUACGAGCUCAGCCACAAAUAUGGAUUGGCCGACAAUCUGCCGGAAAGUUUGCUCCCCAAUCGGCUGGAGGAGAUCAAAGAAGCCAUCCGGCGGGAAAUCCGGAAGGAGCUCAAAAUCAAAGAAGGUGCCGAAAAGCUACGGGAAGUGGCCACCGAUAGGCGUUCCCUCUCGGAUGUGGCCUCCAUCGUCAAAAAGAGCAACAACAAGCUCGCAGAACUGAAAUCCGAGCUCCACGAGCUGGAAAGCCAAAUCAUCCUGACCCAGGGCAACAGCGUCAGCAGCAGCACCAAUGGCCAGGAUAUGAUCCCCUCCCCAGUCACACCAACCGCCGGCCCGGAGCUUACCCCGAACGACAGGUUACUGAUAUCGCUGGAAAAACAGCUCAGCAUCGAAACCAAGGUGAAGAACGGGGCCGAAAACAUGAUCCAAUCGAUCUCCAGCGGCCACCAUGGGCGGGACAAGAAGUUGCUCGCGGAAGCACACCAGAUGCUAGCCGAUUCCAAAGCCAAAAUCGAAUUCCUCCGGUUACGGAUACUGAAGGUGCGGCAGAAUAAGCUUAAUAAUAAGGUGUCGGAGGAAAAUGGGGAGAAUAAACCGCGGGAGCUGGCAGAGAAUUCGUUGGAGGAUCGGAUCGAUGAGUUACGGCAUCGGUUAAGGAUAGAGGCUGCGGUGGUAGACGGAGCCAAAAACGUCAUCCGGACGUUACAGAGUACAAAGACGAUCGAUAAGAAAGCGCUACAGGAGGCUCAAACCCGCUUAUCCGAAUCCUCCCGUAAGCUGGACCUGCUUCGGAAAGCCCUCGAACUGCGGCGGCUAGAACUACCUCAGGACUCACAGGCAGCCAUCCAGCUUAAGGCGGAACUGCAAAGCAUGCAAGCCUCCAGUCCGGUUCCCGUGCAGUACACGUCGUUGCAUCCUUUCCGGGGGUCUACUCAGGGCAAACCGGUGCACAGCCUAUCGUUCAGUCGAUGUGCCGCCGUCACCGGCAAACUCGAGGUCCGGCUCAUGGGCUGCCAGGACCUGCUGGAAGAUGUACCCGGGCGAUCCCGUCGUGAUAAGGACUCCGGCUCUAGUCCGGGUGAUUUGAAGAGUUUCGUCAAGGGCGUCACCAGCCGAAGUUCAUCGAAAAGCUACAGCGUUAAGGAUGAAACUUCGACCGAGAUUAUGGCUGUUAUUAAAUUAGACAACAUCACCGUAGGUCAGACCUCGUGGAGGCCCUGUUCCCAGCAGGCUUGGGAUCAGCGCUUCUCGAUAGAUCUAGAUCGAUCGCGGGAGCUCGAAAUCGGCAUCUACUGGCGCGAUUGGCGAUCGCUGUGUGCCGUCAAGUUUUUACGCCUGGAGGAGUUCAUAGACGAUAUCCGGCACGGCAUGGCCCUCCAAUUGGAACCGCAAGGUCUCCUAUUCGCCGAAAUUAAAUUCCUCAACCCGAUGAUAUCGCGGAAGCCGAAGCUGCAGCGACAGCGGAUGAUCUUCAACAAACAGCAGGUGAAAAACAUUCCCCGUGCCAAGCAGAUGAACAUCAACGUGGCCACCUGGGGUCGAUUGCUGAAACGGAACACAAACACGCCGGCGGCUGGUACCGCUGGGGCGCAGUCUACGAUCAACACACCCACCUCACCUUCGGUCCCGUUCGAUCCCGUGGCGGAGCAUGAUCCGGCCGAAACGUUAGGGGAAACGGCCGACCAGAACACCACCGGGCUGAGUGGCGCACGACCUUUGGGUAUCCACGGAGUGGCAGUCCUACCGGAAAGUCCCUCGUCACACUCGCUGCCCCAGCAGCAACACCACCACCAAGUCACAUCACCAGGCAUGCGACCGUCUCAGUCGCCUCACUCCCUCAGCACCCCCACUAGCUUCAGCCAAAAGAAACCACCGAUGCCAUCGCCACCCCAAGUGUUGCAGCACCAACAGCAGCAGCCGCCGAUGGUGGUAUCGCCAACGUCCUCCUCCUCCUCCGCAGCCAACAACGUCAAAAUGAUGGACCAAGAGCUACAAAAUGCGUUGAAGGAGUUCGAUUUCCUCCAGCAGCACGAUACGCUUACCGGAAACUUACUGGCAGCCUACAGGCAGCAGCACCAGCUGGAACAAACGGAAAUGGCCCCACAAUUCGGCGUCCAUCGCCAGCAGGAAGACGAUGACGUCUACGACGUUCCCCCACCUCCACUACCUCAGACGCCACCUCCGGCGCUUCAGAAAAGCCUUUCCGGUGAUCUACUGAGGCCGGUUCUCUCGAUGCCCCCAGUCGUUCUCAUGGGUGGUGGUGAUCCAAACAGUAAUCGGAACAGUUACCUCUCCUACUCAUCAACUACUCCGAUCGUCGAGGAGCCCCCCUCGCCGGCCAUCAACGCUGUGGAUUAUCCGUUCCAGGAUUAUGACGUCUAUUCUGUAUCGUCUGCGACGUCCAUCGCCGGCUAUGGCGGCGGCGGCGUCGUCACAACCAUCAACAACGGAAGUGAAUGUGGAGAAACCUACGACGACAUUAUCGAGAUCAUCCAACCGUUUGAUCAGCUAGCUGUUACAGCCAAUGUAUCAAGCCAACAACCGGCCCAUAUCCAGAACCAAGCUGCGAUCGCAUCGGCCGCUGCAGCUGCAGCCCUUCAACAACAGCAGUACUAUCAACAGCAACUCAUACUCCAGCAACAGCAGCAGCAGCAAAACCAGCAGCAGCAACAGCAUGAUAGCAUGGGUGCAGCAGGACCAGCCGUGGUUCCUCCUCCGAUCGUUCCCCCGAGUCGUCGACAGGGUCCGGCCCGUGCCCUCCAGUAUCGGGACAGUGCCUACGAAAGUCGGCGCCAAUCGCAGGCCGGAAGCACCGGCAUGCAGAUCGAUAGCUUCCGGUUGCUGAGCGUACUCGGUCGGGGGCACUUCGGCAAGGUAAUCCUUGCGCAGUACAAAAACACCGGCGAGUACUUCGCCAUCAAGGCCCUGAAGAAGGGUGACAUCAUUGCUCGGGACGAGGUUGAGUCGUUACUCAGCGAGAAGCGCAUCUUCGAGGUGGCCAACACCAUGCGGCAUCCGUUCCUGGUGAACCUGUUUGCCUGCUUCCAAACCGAGCAACACGUCUGCUUCGUGAUGGAGUACGCCGCUGGCGGUGAUCUCAUGAUGCACAUCCACACCGAUGUGUUCUCGGAACCACGGGCGGUAUUCUAUGCGGCAUGCGUCGUCCUCGGGCUGCAGUAUCUGCACGAGAGCAAGAUCAUCUACCGGGAUCUGAAGCUCGACAAUCUGCUGCUCGAUACGGAAGGUUAUGUGAAAAUUGCCGAUUUCGGUCUCUGUAAGGAAGGUAUGGGUUUCGGUGAUCGAACCGGAACGUUCUGCGGUACUCCGGAGUUCUUGGCGCCAGAAGUGCUCACCGAAACGUCCUACACCCGGGCUGUGGAUUGGUGGGGCCUUGGGGUGCUGAUCUUUGAGAUGUUGGUUGGAGAGUCUCCAUUCCCCGGUGAUGACGAGGAGGAAGUGUUCGAUUCCAUCGUCAACGACGAAGUGCGCUACCCGAGGUUCCUUUCGUUGGAAGCGAUUGCCAUUAUGCGAAGGCUACUGAGGAAAAAUCCCGAACGGCGGUUAGGAUCCUCGGAGCGCGAUGCGGAGGACGUGAAGCGGCAAGCCUUUUUCCGGAACAUUGUGUGGGACGAUUUGCUGCUCCGGAAAGUGAAGCCGCCCUUCGUGCCAACCAUUCGUUCCUCCGAGGAUGUGUCCAACUUCGACGAGGAGUUCACCUCGGAAAAGCCCCAGCUAACGCCACCGAAGGAUCCCCGCAACCUAACCGAGAGCGAGCAGGCCUUCUUCAAGGACUUUACCUACGUGGCCGACUGGUGUUGACAUCAACAGUAAAGCAGACGAACAAAACGACAACAACUCAACAACAAUUCUGUGUCUAUACAUAUUCUGGUUACUGUUUUUUUUUGUUUCUAUUUAUUACAAUUACUAAAACUAAAACUAAACUAAACAAACAAUGGGUGGCACCGUUUCGAGACGUAAAAAAUUCCGUUUAUUGACACGUUAACAAGAAAAAUUUAUGGAAACUGCCACGCAUGGUGAUAAGAUGAUAGUAAUUUAGCAUGAGAGUAGUAGGAACAGUUUACAUUGUUAUUGCUAGAAUUGAAAAAAUAAACAAAAAAAGUUAAUAUAUUGUAACAAUAAUAGAUGGCGGAACGCGAAAUAGGAUUCACGCUGAGGUUCCGUUCCGGUUGUUGGUUAAUCUACACGAAAGGUCUUCCAAAAACAAAUGAGUAAAACUGCUAAAAUCCAAGACGCGGAUAGCGGAGCAGAGUAGGUUAAAUUGCAAAAGAAAAUAUCAGGAAUAAAUGUUGGCUUUAAAGUUGCGCUCGCGUUGCGAUGUGGUUUGAAGAUUAAGUGCAUAAGAGCAUCCGUUUUUUUUAUACGAAUUUAAACUUAACCGUUAAAUCACUCACCUUAUACAAUAGGAACAAGAAGAACACAACAGCAACACGAUUUUUUUUACACGAAACCCAAGGCUAAGACAACAGUUAUUAGAUCAUAAGAUGAAAACGGAAAGUAAUUGCUAGGUGCCUUCUGAAAGUUGUCCUACUGGAUGCCAGAGGAUUGAACUAAGAAAGAGCACUCGAAACAUUUGUGGAUGAAGUUAGAAAUAGUAUAGUUUCUAAAGCUCUGCGGUAGAUAUUUGUUUAAGAGAAAGUUGUUGCUCGUAUUAUGCUGAGAGAAAACAAACAAACAAACAAACAAACAAACAAAAAACCAAUUUAACUCUGCUCAGUUUUUUGAAGAAGUUUGAAAAUUUUCCUAAAGGGAAAUAAAAUAUGGUUAAAAAACCGAUUAUGGCAGCAUAUUAUACAAACUAAAAUAUAGCAUCCGCAAUCUAAGCAUUAUCCUCCAUAAGUUUUUUUUUUCUUUUUACACACCCACUUUAAUUUAUCAUGUUUAUACUUUUUUUUUCUAAUUCAUCGUAAGCCAAAUAAAUUAUAACCGUUUGCUUGUUUUUAAGACAACAACCCCAUCAUAUUACUAGCUAGAGAAUGAUUUUACUGAACAAACUCAACGACACGUUCAAUGCUACUCGACUUGUCGCUGAGAUAAAUAAUUAUUAGCAUCUGUAAAUAGGCAAGCUCUAAAACAAAACAAAAACGUAUUAUCGACCAACAACUCCCCUCCAAAAAAAAAAUCCUCAUCCAGCUCCCAACAACCCCAACAACAUAUAGGAUGUAAAGUUAUCCAAUUGUAUCUUAGCUAAGGUGAGCUCACAUCAGUCGCCGCCAGAAAUGGAGGAGCGUUGUUUACUAUUUUUUUAAUGUUACAUAUUGAUAAUUUACCCUUCACACAUACACAAAAAAGAAGUAACAUCCCCACUCUGGAUGUUUCCACAAGCAAAAAACAAACAAACACUACACAAAUACAUAUGAUCACGUGAUUGAUUAGUUUUUAGCGGAAACAAAAACAGUAAAUGUUUAUUGAGAUAUAUAGGAUUAGGCUUAGAAUGAAAUCCAACAAACAGCAAGAAGAAAGCAUGUUUAACAAUUAGAAACCCGAUUUUGUUGAACAAAGAGCAGCAGCAUUAUCAUCGUCGUGUAACACAUCUAGAAAAACCUUUAAGAGGAUGAAUGAUGAAAACGAAGAAAAAAACACACACACAUUAAUCAUCGAUUGACCAACCAACAUUCGAAUGCAUUUUGGUUUACCCAAUUUUUCGUCAAAAGAGUAUGGUUAACAGAAAAAUAAAAACACUACUGGAAAACUUAAA